CUGUAAUGUUUUCUUACUUUUACGGUUUUUACCAUGCAAAAUUUUGAAAUCAUUAUUAGAACAAUUUUUUCGUAUUCUAAUCAGCCGGUCCACAUUAAUUUUUCUGAACAAUGCAAUCGGAGCAGCGGAAGGUUUUGGACCAUAUCUUUUAUUCCCUUGGCCGGUUUUCCUUCGACCGUGCGAAGGAGAUAUGCGAUCGGGAGAAGGAUGCAAUCAAAAAUCCGCAAGGCUUUGCGGCAGUGUGGAGUCAGUUUGUGGUUAGCUUGAGUCAGUUGAGCCUUGCAGAAAAGGGUUAUAUGAUGUUGGUCUUCCUGACACAAACACCAAAUAACAAGAAAGCCUUCCGGAAUAAAGAGCUCCCAAUGAGAUCGUUGUACGGGCAAAUCAAACAUGAUUUAGAAAAAACAGUGGACGCGCUUCGCGGAUUACCACCACUUGAGGGUUACUCUGACGAUCUUGCUCCUCCUGUUCUCAGCCAUUUGUGCACCCAGUUGAGCCACUUCACCGCGGCCCGACUGGACAUGUGCGAUGUGUAUGAAAGGCUGCACGAGAUGGGACUGGACAGAACAAAUCGAUAUCCGGAAGUCAACGGAUUGGUGGACAUGGUCAUCGGUGCGUACGGGAAGAAAUUCCAUCAUCCCUGUCUUGCUAUCCUGGAAUCAGCAUUUUCGUACGAGACAGAGAUUCUCAAGAGUUUGAUUGAUGCCCAGCUGAGCAUGGCCAACUGGGACUUCCUGGCAUCGUUGGUGCACAUUAAUCAGGCCCAUCGUCGACUGGCGCUAUGGCCUACCAGUGUCCAGGCUCCUGAGUCCUCACUUCCGGCGAAUUACAAAAUCGCUCCUUUGAAAAGUAUCUCUCCACCGGCUCUGUAUACAUGGUUUGUGAAGUAUCAGACGGCUCUAUUGGCCAAGUUUAGCCUGUACUUCCACGAUGUGCUGAGCAAGCAAACUGGUUUGGCGGCUGAAUUCCGAACCCUUUUAACUAGGAAUAAUCCAGAUUAUUACAGCAAGAUAGCGACAUUCCAAAGGAAAAGUGAUGCAUCGCACAUCUGUUUGGUUCUGGAUACAAAUGGCAUGGACUACCGAGGUCCCGGUUAUCGCUUUCCAGGCGCCGAAAUCGAGAAGCCGACUGGUUUGGACACUUAUCCUGUGAUAUUCAGUUAUCCUGCGGAAAGACCUACGAAACACUGGCCGUCCAUUGUGAUGAUUUUGGCUAGUAGAUCCGAUCAGUUCGAAGGACCCGAUAAUGCUAUAUCCACUUAUGACAAGAUUGAAAAAGAAAAUAAAAUCACUAUGGAGCGGACAUAUUUUAUUGCCAGAAUAGAAGAGCGAUUUUACAUCGUGUUGAUUUUUGAAAUUAAGAAGUCGGAGAAGGAUUCCGCGGUGAACCUUUUCCUCAGCGAUAUGGUCACUCAGUUACGUGGUUCCGCUGUACUGGAAUCGUUAAAGCCUGUUUAAAACUUUAAUGGUAGAUAUUGAAGUUAUUUUAUACUCCUAUCGAUGUUUGUGCUUUUAUUUUAAUAGUGCACAUUUCUGUCUGUGAUUAAUAAAAUGGGACAUUUAAAGCGGCUUUUUUAAGGUCAUUUACGAUAUCUUGCUCAAGAUUGUACAUUUCUUCAUAAGUUGGGGCAAAUCCAUCCACUCCGUAACGAUCAAGUUUUGUUUUCAUCUUUGUGUCUUGGGCAAUACUUAAGAAGGCGUCUUUUAGUUUCUGCUUGGUUUCCGCUGCGAAGUGUUACGCAAACAGAGAUUGUGUUAUGAAUUGGUUGUACUUGUAAAAAUCGUGAAUGUGUAUCUUCUUACCGGACAACUUCUUGUCGACGACGAUCGGAUAAAUUGGCAGGGAUCCGGGCAGCGUUAGUUUGAUAAAAAUAUC